AUGACCUCAAUCUCUAAAUACAUCCAAGAAUACCCUGUUAAUGGGCUUAUGCCAAAGCAGGAAACUCAGGCAGCCUCAUUUAUUAAAAAGUAUCCCAACUACGAUGGUCGCAACACAGUGAUUGCCAUCCUCGACACAGGUGUCGAUCCUGGAGCUGCCGGUAUGCAGAUCACAACAGAUGGAAAGCCCAAGAUAAUCGAUAUUGUUGACUGCACUGGAGGAGGCGACGUAAACACGUCAGCUAUAGUCAAGGCCCAAACCGAAGAAGACGGUGAUAAGUUGACCUAUAUUCAGGCAUUGAGUGGAAGAAAACUUAUCAUUGAUCCUACUUGGAAAUGCCCUUCCGGCGAAUACCAUGUCGGUGUGAAGCCAGCUUAUGAGCUUUUCCCCACUGAAUUGGUCAACCGCCUGAAGAAAGAGCGUUCCAAGGCAUUUGAUGCACGACACCUUCACCUUGUUGAUGAAGCAAAGGCUCGGGUCUGCUCUUUCACAAAGCAAAACUCAUCCAAGCUGACUAGCGACCCAGUUGUGGCAGCUGAACUUGCUGAUUUAGAGACCCGUGUCGAGGUCCUCAAGGGACUGAAAGAUAAGUAUGAAGAUCCUGGUGUUAUCCUGGACUGCGUAGUCUUCAAUGAUGGUCAGGACUGGAGAGCUGUCAUCGAUCUUCAAGAGUCUGGUGAUUUAAGAGGUAACAGUUCGACAAAGAAAGAGAACAGACAGACUUGUUUAGAAAAAGAAAGGGGAGAGCCAUGCUUGACAGACUACCGCAAGGAAUUUAAAUACCAUACAUUUGGUGAAACUGAUUUACUCAACUUUUCCGUCAAUAUUUAUGAGGAUGGAAACCUGCUGAGCAUCGUUACACUUGCUGGUAGCCACGGAACCCAUGUUGCUGGCAUCACAGCCGCAAACUUCCCUGAAGAGCCAGCCUUGAAUGGUGUUGCUCCUGGUGCACAGAUUGUUUCUCUCCGUAUUGGUGAUGCUCGUCUUGGUUCUAUGGAAACCGGACCUGGGCUUACAAGAGCUGCCCUUCAUUUGGCCAUCAACAAGGUCGAUCUUGCCAAUAUGUCUUAUGGCGAAUCCAGUGCAUCGCCCACGGAUGGUCACUUUAUCAAACUCUUGGCAGAAGAAGCCAUCGCCAAGUCUGGUUGUAUUUUUGUCACCAGCGCCGGUAAUGACGGUCCUUGUUACAGUUCAAUCGGCGCGCCCGCCGGUAUGCAUUCGAGCUUCAUUACCGUUGGUGCUUACGUGAAACACUCUCAGAUGCAAGCAGAGUAUGCCUUGCUUGAAUCCAUGACCGAGCAGCCUUACACCUGGUCUUCCCGUGGCCCUUGCACUGACGGUUACAGUGGUGUAGACAUCUAUGCGCCAGGAAGUGCUAUCACUAGUGUCCCAGUUUACGGACUUCACAAACUUGAUCUCAAAAACGGCACAAGUAUGUCAAGUCCCAAUGCAUGCGGUUGUGUCUCGUUGCUUGUUUCGGGUCUCAAGGCUGAAAAGCGGGACUAUUCUCCUUACCGUGUCAAGGCAGCCGUUGUACAAUCUGCCAAAUCUGUAAAAGAUCCUCUCAAUGUCGGUUUCCUCCAAGUAGAGAAGGCUUGGGAGUAUCUCGAUACAUACAAGAGCCGUAAUGACCAAGAUAUCGCAUUCGAAAUAACAGUUUCAAAGAGAGGUCCCCAGAGAGGUAUCUAUCUGAGAGAGCGAGAAGAAACCAACCAAGUACAGUAUCUUCCUGUCACUGUAAAGCCUACAUUUAUGGCCGAGAAUAACGUCGAGGAUCCCAAGUAUAACCGUGCAAAAUUCAACUACGAAGCACGUAUUGCACUUGUUGCUACCGAGUCAUGGAUUAGUGCCCCUGAUUACCUCUAUCUUCACUCUGGCGGAAACUCUUUCCAGGUCAAGGUUGAUCCCCUGGCUCUCAAAGAAAAUGAAUUCCAUUUCGGUGAGGUCCUUGGUUACGAUACAACUGCACCCGAUCGUGGACCUGUCUUCCGUGUUCCUGUAUAUGUUGUAAAGCCAGUUCUGGCUUCUCACGGUUCUUUGGAGUACAAGAAGAUCGCAUUUGGCCCAGGUGACAUCGUUAGAAACUUUGUGCAUGUUCCUGAAGGUGCUGCUUACUGCCAAUUGACAAUUCGGUCCAAGUCGCUUGUAAACACUGUUCCUGCCCGGUUCAUGCUUCAUUUACUCCAGCUUAUCCCUAAGAAGAGCCAGAAAAACAAGCAGACUUACUCAUUUGUACUUGGUUCUGGCACUUACAGUAACUCCGACUCUGAAGAAGAAGUGAUCGUAAAGCGUUUCGCUGUACGCGGAGGACUGAAUCUAGAAGUCUGCUUGGCUCAGUUCUGGUCUGCUCUUGGAAAACACACUGUUGAUCUUAGCCUCGAAUUCCAUGGUGUUCAGCUUGCAGGAAAUCUAGCAAAUGGCCAUGGCGUUGUUUACUUUGAUCCUCAGGUUACACGUCUCGAUGUUGCUGCCCCUAUUCGCAAGGAAAACAAGGUUGAUAUAAGCGUAUCAUUUAACAAGUUGCGCAAGUAUAUCCGCCCAUAUGAGUCCGAAAUUGCACCACUCUAUGCUGAUCGCGACAUGCUUCCCGACAAGACUUUGUUAUAUGCCCUUGUGCUGUCGUAUAAGCUCAAAGUAGAUGCUUCCAAUACCAUGGUCGUCCGUUUCCCCACCGUGAUGAACCAACUGUACGAGCAUUAUUUGGCUGGUGUGUUCGGCAUUGUUUAUGAUGCUAACUGCAAGGUUAUCGGCUACCUGGAUGUGUUUGACCAGACAAUUAAGCUUGACAACAAGGGCGAAUAUACUAUUCGCCUCCAACUGAUGACCGAGGAGCAGGACGUAUUGGAAAAGCUU